AUGCACGUCAACUUAGGUCAAUUAAGCUCCACAACAAAUCUAUGCAUCGUUAGGGAUCGACAGGCACAUCACACUCUUGAUGAUUAUUAUAUGGGAGGAGUAGCGCCCAUGGUUGCUUUGGCAAUAUAUCAGUCCAAUGCAGUUGCAAACCUUGUCGGGCCCUACGGGUACUUUUUCGCUGCCGUCAUGGUGACACUCUCGCAAUGGCUGAAUCCGCGAGCAAUGUUUAUGAAAAUCAUAAUGUUCAAUGUUCUUCCCAUGUGUAUUGCCUCAAUUCACUGGGAUGCCUGGGGCUUACAGCGCUGUCAUAAGUCCGAGAACAUUCAACACCAGCGGAUGCUAGCCACAAGAUCAAAAAUGGAUAACUACAAUAGUAGUGCAUGGGUGAUUUCAGCAAUCUGGUUUUGUGAUAUUUGGUGUGCACCCCAUUACCAUCCGUUCCAAAAUAAUUUCGGUCUGUUUAACUACAACUCAACAGGAGGAUUUGCAACACCCUCAGAAAUUAUCGGCCAUCAGAGUUACAAAAUCACGUCAGAUCAUAGUAUUGUCGGCCGGACUGCGAAUGGAGAAGCAAGUUACUCUCGCAUUCAUACUCGGUUUCUCGACCACGACAGUCGUUUCCCCUAUAAUACACCCGGUGGCGAUGGUAAAUUAGCUGCUGGAUUCGCAGAUAGCGAAUGUGAAAAGCAGCGAAAAGGGUUGACGAUGGAAGGAAGAGCUGUACCAAAAGAUAAGAAACCGCAGGCGCUGAAAGCAGCGAUGAAUGGCUUCAUUUCACUCUAUUCGAACUUUUACGAUAGUAUGUAUCGGAGUGUGACGACUCUGCAACACAUCACACUGGGACUGCAGUAUGCAAUGGUCACAUUAGAGAUUGCGGGGGCGAAGGAUUUCACCAGGGAUAUUGAGGAAACAUCAGAACUCAGAACCCCCAUGUCAUCAGAGAUGAGGAGGCAACCAGCCAUGUAG